GCUGAUUUGAACACCAAUAUUGAAGAUGAAUCCAGAUCUUUCUAUGGCGUUUCCAGCCAAUAUGAGAGCCCAGAAAACAUGGUCAUUACCUGUUCCACCAAAGUGUGUUCCUUUGGAAAGCAGGUGGUGGAGAAAGUGGAGACAGAGUAUGCACGCUAUGAAAAUGGACACUAUUCCUAUCGCAUUCACCGUUCCCCUCUCUGCGAAUACAUGAUAAACUUCAUUCAUAAACUCAAGCACCUUCCUGAGAAGUAUAUGAUGAACAGUGUGCUGGAGAACUUUACUAUCUUACAGGUUGUGACAAACAGGGACACACAGGAGACCUUGCUGUGCAUAGCAUAUGUUUUUGAGGUGUCAACUAGUGACCACGGUGCCCAGCAUCACAUCUACCGGCUGGUGAAGGACUAGAGACUCUCUGCCCUGAGUCGUCCAUGGGAUGCAUGUCUAAGAAAAAAAGCCCAUGCUUGAACAACCCCUGCCCCCUCAUACCAAACUGAAAAAUAAACUGCAGAUAUUGUGUAUUUUCAGAAAAGCA